AUGGACCAGGUGAGAGAGAGUGUGGUAGAGGUUCCAGCUUCCCCUACACCUGAUGUGGCAGAAAGUGACUCAGUGCUGGCCAACGGUACUUCAGUGGAACCUGAGGAAGGCAAAAAGGAGGAUCUUCCAGAACGCUUAUGUCUCAGCAGACAGAGAACAUCCCAAAGGAGCUCCAGCAGAGCUUCCUGGAAGAUCUCCAAGGGCCCAGUGGCUCAGGGAACAGCAAAGAGCUCCACAUCUAUUAAAUUCCAGGCGUCUCCUGCAAAGUGUGUUCAGACUAAAAGACAGAGCAAACAGAGUGUCCAGGCCAAAACUCCCUCCAUGCAGGGUCUUCAUUCAAGAAGACUUGAAGAGGAAAGAGAAGAUACAUCUGCCACCAAAGACCCAACUGUGGGGCAUGAGCCAAGAGGGAGGAACAGCGCUUACCACCUGCCUGCAAUAUCCAGGCAGAGGGAGGCAGAGGGCACCAAAUCUGUCUCAAAUGACAAAGAACGAGUAGCAGGCCAACACCAAACACUGGGAUCUAGACAGCCUGGAUCUUCCCGCAAGACCAUCAAAGCCAGCUACGAAAAAGCCAAGGAGACCUGCAGCAGAUUAAGUGCCAAAGGGUCCUUAGCAUCAUUAGGGCCAGAUAUGAAAGCAGAACGGAAGCUCCUUCUGGAGAAGAGAAACAGCUUGAUCCAUACUAACAGUAAAUACAAAUUUGCCAGUGCAGAUGAACUUACCAGUCAUGAAGAGGAACGGCAGGCUCUGCGCAAGGCAGCAUUAAUCAUGGGACAGAAAAGACUCAGCGACCGUACUGAAAUGCUAAAAAACUCCCUGAACUCUACAUCUUGCACUGAUUGCAACCAGCUGGGUUUUAACCUGAGGUCAAAUAUCUUCCAAGGUGGCCCACUGGAGAGCCGAACCUUGAUGAGAGAUUCCUACACCCCUGAUGUAAUUCAGAAGGCAAUCAGGGAUCCCAAGAACUGGCAUGGAAGGAGGACUGAUGAGCUAGGGAAAUGGCAUCAGAAAAAUGCCCUGAAUCUUAACCUGCAGAAAGCAUUGGAGGAUAAAUAUGGGAAGAAAAAAGGCAAGCCUUAG